CCUAAAAUUUCCCCCUAAAAUCGGUUUCCUCAAAACACCUAAUUCUUACUGAGCAAGCCAAAAUGGGGUUUCACGGUCUAUGGGAACUGCUAGCUCCCGUCGGGGGCCGCGUGUCCGUCGAAACCCUAGCCGGAAAGAAACUCGCCAUCGAUGAAUUCUGAAGUGGGCCUAUUGUCGUUGAGGAACAAUCGUUGCACCUUCUCCUUCUUCUCGUUUCGCUGCUAAUUCGCUGAAUCGUUGUUGCCUUUGGUUGCCAGGCUUUGACAAAUCCAGAUCAACCAGACUUCCUCACACUCAGAGAUCCAAAGCUUUUAUUGAAGGCAAGUGAAAAAAAGGAUAUAAACGAGGUGAUGAUGGCAGCGGAUGCGAGCUCGAUGAGAGGAGGUGGAACAACGUCAUUUGCGUCGUCUCCGUCGUCGAAUCUGCUUCCUAAUAACCUCCUUCUCCUUACGGCCUUCCUCGCUUUUGCUCUCGCCCAGUUUCUCAAACUCUUUACCAAUUGGUUCGUUCUUUCUUAAUCUCUGCAUUUCCUUUUUGCUUUCAUUCUCUCUGUAAUCUAUCUUCUAAUUUCGAGUCUUCCUUGAAUUUUCUUUGCCCCUUUUUGCUUUUAAAGUACACCAGUACCACUUUUUAUUUUUUUCCUUCGUUUUCACUGGGAAUUUCUCUGCCACAAGAGUGGUUGUUUUGGUUUUGCGGAGUUGCAGGGGUUAUUCUAGUAUUCACCUCGCAAGAUUUGAAGCAAAAUCCGUUUCCGUGUGAUGGCUACUCAGUGGCUAGGAUUGUGAACUCCAUUUUCAACAAAACUCAGCUUUAGAAAAAGGAAAUGGAGAAGGAAACCCAAGUUCAAAUUCCAAGGAUGAAGCUGAGUACUCGAGAAUUGGAGCCUUUCGUUAAAGCUCAAAAGACCAAGGCGUGUUUCAAGAGAUAUCAAGUUAAGUUCAAGAGAAGGCGAGAGGGCAAGACGGAUUAUCAGGCCAGGAAUCGUCUUAUUAAUCAGGACAAGAACAAAUACAACACCCGAAAAUAUCGUUUAGUUGCACGAUUUACCAACAAGGAUAUAAUUGCACAAAUCAUACAUGCUAGUAUUUCUGGUGAUGUAGUUCUUGCAACAGCUUACGGACAUGAGCUUCAUCGCUAUGGAUUUGAAGUUGGCCUUACAAAUUAUGCAGCAGGAUUUGGAAUGUUGCUAUAGUCAAGGCCACAAAUCAUCAUGAACGCCCUGCAAAAGAAAAACACAUUAGAGAAGUUUGCUUUCAAUUUGAGCAAAUUUAAGUCACUACUCAGAGAUAGGCUCUUGCAUGAAAGACCUGUUGAAGAGGAGAGACCACCUUCAGUGUCACCCUCUUAUCUUAAUUUUGCAGUCACAACUCAGAGAUAGGUUCUUGCAUGAAAGACCUGUUGAAGAGGAGAGACCACCUUCAGUGCCAGUGAGUGAAUUAAAUCAAUUAAGUCACAACUCAGAAGUAAAAUAUCCAUUAGCCUGUUACUUUAUUAGAAUGUGUUAUAUUCCCUCAACAAUGUCUAAUUGGAGUUUAUAGAAGCAAUAAACCCAUGUAGUAAACAGUGAAUGCAGUAAACCCAUUUUAGUCUAAUUUCAAAGGGUUUUUGAAUUUCCA